AUGAACGCUGUCCAAGAUGCCCAAGAUCAACUCACCAAGCUCAUACGUUGCUGGGAGCCCAUUGACUCCGACGACCUUUCCAAGGGCUAUACAAUGAGUGACCUCGUGUACCAAGUUAGUAGCUACGUGCCAUCCCCAGAAAGCUAUAGUACCGUGUAA